UCGCGACAGCCACGUCGUUGUCGGCGCGGCGCCGGCCAAUAUAGCGCGCGACACCGCCCGCCCGCCGCCCCCGCUGGCGCCCGCGAGCCCAGUCCCGUCCGCGCCGCCGAGCCGCGCGCUAGUGCUGCACGAACAUCCUGUUCGCACUGCAAGUCUCUGACCACUGAAACCGACCGUUUAUGACAUUCGACAACCCCGCCCUGUGUCAGUGCAUUUUCCCGAGACGCAUUUCGUUUCGAACACGAGAGAGCGGUGCUCCAAACCGAACCGUGUUGGGAUUAGUGGCUCCGUUUAUUUAUGUUGUCGUUUUGGUGUGGUGAAUAUUGUGUUAUACGGACGAAAUCCGUAUUAUCUGUGCUAUAGUUUGUGGAUAAUUUUAACAAUCGGUGGCAUAUUCACGAAGAGUUAGUAGUGCGCGGUUCCGGAUGGUCCGGCGCGCGAUGCGCUGCUAGUCACGAUGGUGGGCGUGGGCGUCGCGGAGGGCGGCGGCGGGCCCGGUCCCGCGGAGCCCUACUACGGCGAGUACGGCUAUCCGGAGCCGUACUACGUGCCCGAGAUGUGCCCGCACCCGCAGCAUCCGCAGCAUGCGCAUAUGUGCACCGUGCACGCCGACUACGGUGGGAUGCCGGUGGUGACGUCGGCGACGAUGAUGCCGCCCAUGCUACCGCCGGUGCUGGACGAGAACAUGCGCCACUACCUGGUCCACCAGCACCAGCACCCACACCAGCACCCGCACCACCAGCCUCACCACCAGCCGCACCACCAGCCACACCAUCAGCCGCCGCCGCAUUACGGUCCAGCAAAUGGUGCAGGUGGUCCCCAGCAUUUCUACGGGCCUGGCUACCCCACUCACUUCCACCAUGUCCCACCGCACCACAUGCAGCACUCCCCACCUCCGCCUGUCUACCAGAAAGAUGAACGAACACAGAGAAUGCACUCCAAGCUCAAACAAAAACUGGAGCGCAAACAGACCAAUAGAAAUAAUGGAAUAGUUCCAGAAGCUCUCUCCGGCGGCAGCACGCCGUCGCUGUCCCCGCGCAAGGAGCUGAACGGGCGCUCCGGCGGCGGGGGGAGUGGGGGCAGCGGCGGCGCGUCCUCGGGCGCCUGGUCCGAGGGCGAGGGCUCGUCGGCCGGCGCCUCCGUGCAGGGCGACGACGACAACGACACGCAGGCGCUGCUCGACCUGCUGUCGGCCACGCGUACGCCGCAGGUUAGCGACAUGACCCCAACGAGCGCGCUAGUGCAAUGGAACUCGCCGCUCCCGGAGGGCGUGACGCUGCCCAACGUGGAGCUCACCUACGACCUGCUGCUGGGCGACCGCGGCCGCUACAAGGCCAUCUACAGCGGGCCCUCCCUCUCGUGCCGCGUGCGCGAUCUGCGGCCGGGUUGCGAGUACUCAGUGUGCCUGCAAAUCCGCGCGGGGCAGGCCACGGGCGGCGCCAGCGACGCCGUAACGUUCCGCGCGCCCGCCGCGCCGCCCGAGCGCCCGCCCGCGCCGCGCGCCACCCAGCGCGCCAGGACGUCGCUGCUGCUGCGGUGGCAGCAGGCGCAGGACAACGGCGCACAGCUGAAGCAUUACAUCCUGGAGAUGGACGACGGGCAGGGCUGGCGCGAGGUGUCGCGGCCACGCACGCGGCAGCACACGGCCGGCAACCUGCGGCCGCAGACGCGCUACGCCUUCCGCGUCGCCGCCGUCAACGAGUGUGGCCGCGGCGACUACAGCGACGAGUGCGUUGCCUGGACCGCCGGCGCGCCGCCGCCCGCGCCCGCGCCGCCUGCGCUCGCCACCGCCGCCGCGCAGGCGCUCGCGCUCGCCUGGGAGCCCCGCAAGGGCGACGAGAUCUUCACCCUCCAGGUCGACGACCCCGCGCAGGGCUACGGCUUCCGACCCGCCUACCACGGCGAGAACAACGAGCACACGUGCACCGAACUACGUCGCGCGACCGAGUACCGCUUCCGGCUGUGCGCACAGACCGACGACGGCCAGGGGCCCUGGUCGCCCGAGGUCGCGUACCGCACGCUCGCCGAGCGGCCCGCGGCGCCGAGCAGGCCGCAGCCGCGUGGGAAAGUCCUGCCGCGCACUUUCCGUCUGCGCUGGGAGCCCCCGACCGACGACGGCGGCGCGCCCGUCACCUCCUACACGCUCGAGCUGGACGGCGGCGACGGCUACCGGCGCGCCUACUCGGGCCCCGAGCGCGAGGCGCACUGCGACCGCCUGCAGCCCGGCACGCCGUACCGCGCGCGCGUAUGCUGCACCAACGAGGCCGGCGAGAGCGAGUGGUCCGCCGCCGAGACUGUCACCACCGAGGCCACGGCGCCCGCCGCGCCCGCCGCGCUCGAGGCGGCCACGCCCGCGCGCGCCACGGCGCUGGCCGUGCGGUGGCGCGCGCCCGACUGCACCGGCGGCGCGCCGCUCAUCGAGUACCGCGCCGAGCUCGCCGCGCCCGAGGGCGUGCGCCGAGCCUACUGCGGCGCCAAGCCGGAGUGCGACGUGCGCGACCUGGCGCCCGGCUGCGCCUACAGGCUCACCGUCACCGCCGUCAACCGCGUGGGUGCGGGCCCACCGUCCGCGCCUCUCGACUUCACCACCGCGGCGGCGCCGCCCGACGCGCCGGAUAUGCCGACGGCCGAAAUCCUUUCGGCGCGUUCCGCCCGCCUCGAAUGGACCGCGCCGCGCGACAACGGCGCCCCCGUGCUCGAUUACCGAUUAGAAAUGAGCGCCGCGAGCGCCGACGAGGCGGCGUACGCGGAGGUGUACCGCGGCCCCGACACGAGCUGCGUGGUGGACUCGCUGGUGCCGUUCUCGCCGUACCUAUUCCGCGUGUGCGCGACCAACGCGGCCGGGCGGGGCGCGUGGUCGGCGCCGCGGGACGCGCUGACGCCGCGCGCGGCGCCCGGGCCGCCCGGCACGCCGCGCCACGAGGCCGGCGCCGACAGCCUGCGGCUCCACUGGCGGCCGCCCGCCGACCACGGCGCGCCCGUGCUGCGGUACCGCGUGCAGGUGGACGACGACGCGUUCGAGACCGACGGGCCGGCGGCCGAGCGGCUGGUGGAAGGUCUCACCCCCGACACUGUCUACCGCGUGCGCGUCGCCGCGCUCAACGAACUCGGGCUGGGCGAGUGGAGCGAGGAGGCUCGCGCCGGCACGCGACCGCCGCCGCCUCAACCGCCCGCGCUGCGUUUGGCCCAAGCCGCACACAACUACCUGCGGCUCGAGUGGGCGCCGAGCGGCGGCGAGGGCGCGCACUACUGCGUGGAGAUGCGCGCGGCGGACGCCCGAGAGUUCCGCCCGGUGUACCGCGGCUCGGCGCGCAGCUGCAAAGUGAAGAAGCUGAAAGAAGCGAGCGAGUACUGGUUCAGGAUCCGCUGUUCGGACGAGCGCGGCGGGCGCGGCGGUUGGGGCUCGGCGAUGUCGGCGCGCACGCCGGCCGCGCCGCCGCCGGCGCCGCGCGCGCCCGCGCUGUCGCUGCCCGCGCCGCGCCAGGCGCUGGCCGUGUGGGACGCGCUCGACGACGCCGUGCCUACCACCUACGUGCUGCAGUGUGCGAGGGGAAAAGAUGCCAUAUUCAAACAGGUGUACUCGGGCUGCGAGCCGCAAUUCCAGCUGGAGGCGCUGGAGUACGGCGGCGAGUACUCGGUGCGCGUGUGCUGCGUGCGCGGCGGGCUGGCCAGCGCGUGGUCGCCGGCGGCGCGCCUGGCCGUGCCCGCGCCGCCGCCGCCGCCGCGCCCGCGCCGCGCCCGCGCCACGCGCGCCUUCUCCUCCCGCCAGGUGGCGUGGCUGAUGGCGGGCGCGUUCCUGCUGCUGGGCGUGCUGGUGGCGGUGCUGGUGCAGCAGCUGGUGGAGCCGCGGCCGUGACGCGCGCUGGCGGCGGCGCCGACCCGCGCGCUCGCCACCAUCUAACGUGCGGUGUGGCCGUACCCGCCCCACCGCACCACGACCACUGUGCAAUUAUUCGCCAAUACUUUAUCGAGACGAGACGUUGUAGUU